GAGACUUUGUGUCAUUCUCUUGGGGUUCUUUUUCCUACCUUCGAGUCUGUCAUUAUUCUCUACGAUACGUGCAGUGCACUAUCCAUCACUGCUGGUUCAGAUAAUUCUUAUCUUUUUUUUUUCUUAUUUCGUGCCAACUGGAUUAUUGGUACAAUCCGCUCUUUUUAUACUUCAUUAAUUAUUUUUCCGGUCUCCUCUGUCACUCACACCAAAGAACUCUUGAAUUAUUUUCCAUAACACUAUCGUUAUAGCACUAUUAUCAUUCGAAUCUCAUGACUUAACGACGACAUAAGGCAACGCCGCGGCCCACUGCCUAUAUCUAUCGAUAGCUUCGACCACACUAACGACAAAAUGGGUGCAAGUUCAGCGUUAUAUUUGAUGGCUCGGGCAAACCUUUACGAUGGCUCAGAACCUGCUUCGACCUUCCUGAAAGAUGUACAGAGUUCUGGGAACAACACAGUUGCCGAGGGGAUUAUAGAAAAUUUGGUUUUUGCAGAAAGCAAAUCGGUCCGGACAUCGACUAUUAUUCUAGCAGCCUUUAAUGUACUAGCUUCUUUUGCCACGGCAGCCAGUAUUCUUUAUGAUUGUUACUGGGCAUCGAAACGAUGCAACCCGAAGUUCAAAGCUUCGAAAUUCUGCGUUUCGAUGAUUCACCCAGCGGAAACUUUCCCUUUGGUACUAUCUAUUGGUAUUGUAAUUCAAGGACUUAUCUUUGCUGCAGUUCAAGGGGAAGGGCUUCAUUCAUUGUUUACAUUUGGAUGCGGUACAAUUGCCCAAUUUAUGUGGAUUGGCCUUUUCAUUGUCCCAUAUAUUCAACUCGUUUUCGGACUCGAAUGUGCCAUACGAUCUUUGAAGAAAACACCUUUCCAACCAAGAGGAAAAUACGAUGUGUCGAUAUGCUUAGGAACAAUUGUUUUGAUGUUAGUUGGCACUUGGAUUCCAACAAAUCUCUUUCCACAAAAGAACAGAUGCUUUGCUUCAUUGAUAUGGUUCGUGUCAAGAUAUGGAAUGUUUGGACUCAUUGUUUAUUCAACUGUUGCCGGUCUCUUAAUUAUCAGUGCUCUCACCAUAUUUAUCAGACUAUCCAAGACAACCUUGGUAGAGCGAAAUCAAAGAAUUGCAGCAUCUCGUAUGGUGUAUUACCUCGUCAUUGGUGUCGUAUCAUUGGGCUUCGUGAUCCCAUACUUCGUUUCCCAAGCAAUCGGGCACGGCGACUUCAAGCUAGCCAUGAUGGCAACUGUGGUCCUCAAUUUGUCCGGUCUGAUGAACGGCUUACUCCACUUAUUCUUAAGGUCAAAUACUGCAACAACAUCAUUUGGGCCAAGAGGCAGGUCCUGGCCUAGUAAUAAGCAUGAGAUUAGAAUGUGGGGGCCAAAUGAGUUGGCAUUCAGCGAUCAAAUAAUGGAUCCUGUUCCAGCGCCAUUAUCUCCAAGAUCGGGAUUAGUAAGCCGAGCAGAAAGCCAAAAAAGUUUGAUCACUUCCUCGAACAAAAGAAACUUCAUUGGCAUGACCGAAUUAUCUGUUACAAAAUCACCCACUUAUUCGCCGACUAAGCCAAAUCCCCUACGCUCAAAUGUCGUUACCCAAAUGCCAUCGCUACCCAUUCCUCCUACCCCUACCGAGCAUGUCUCUUCCGAAUAUACGAGGAAACAAUCAUACUCUCUUUUCCCAACACCAGCUCCCGAUAGCCCUGAUACCCUAUCGCCUCCCUACAUGAACAGAUUCGCCUCGGAAUCAGUAUACGAGAUCAGCGAUUUUUCGGAUCUGUUACCACCUCCACCACUUCACGGCAAGAUGGGACAUAGAAGAGGCUCUUCUGUAUCUUCAUCAGCAACAGUUCAAAUCGGUAUUCGUUUCUCACAAGCACCGCCUUCUCCAGCCGCUCCCAAAAAUCUCCCUCUUCCCCUCCCAACAACAACCUACGAAUUGACUGCACUUCCUGCGACUACCUUUCAAGCUCCCGCUCUCCCGUCAAUGACCUACUCUCCUACAUCAAAAUUCAAUCCCGCACCAAAGACCAUGACUGCUCCAUCUAGAGCCCAUCUACCUCCACUACAGACAACAAAUCUCACUGGAAAUGUCAUUCCAAUCCCACCUCGCUCGCCAUUCCGACCUUCCCCUCUGGCCAAUACAAACACCACUCAAAGGCAACAGUCCCCCACCACAUCAUAUUCCCCUCGCUCUACUUCUCCACAGCUAUCUCCAUUCUCCGUCAACAAGACUCUCCCGGUGAUACCAAAGCCCUCAACCCCAAAACAGCCAGCAAUCGAACGCUUAGAGAACUCUGAUGCAAUCUUUCAACUGAGUCCAACUGUUUACACGCCACCUGGAGAAUCGCUUUCCCGAAAAGGUUCUGUGAGGACUAUCCCCACUAGAUCGGAUUCUAACCGUCGACAGUCAAGGCUAAGACAGGGAAGCAAUGGCCAAUGGAUAUGAUGGGUCUAUCAUUUUGAGCGUCCUUAAUAAUUGAACUGGGUUCUGUUUGUACAAAGGAGCAGAGGCAAAGAAAAGAAGGAUGGAGUCACUAAGGAAAGGGAGUUUUUUCGGAUCUAAUGAUACCAGAUUGUUUGGUUUUUUAUAUUUUAUUUUUCAUUUACGUCUAUUAUUAGGGUCUUUAGAUAUGAAGGAAUUGGAAGAUGGAAGGUUAAGAUUACGAUUUUUUCAUGCGGCGUUUAUAUACUGUGUUGUAUCACUACCUACGACAGGCCACAGCAGGUCCUUCCCAGAUGGAUCGAGAUCUCUUUUGAUAGAUAUCAUAUACACCUUGUGUAUUCUAUGGUUCUAUAGCAAGAUAAGCUUUCUUUACAUCCUGCUAGAGUUUUUGGUGGCGAGCGAUGGAGAAAAGUGUGGAGAGGAUCACAUUAUAUGGGUUUCCUACCUAGGAAGGUCAUUUGGAAAGCGCGCAGUGGGAGAGACAAGGAGAUGAAAGUCACGAUGAUACGAUGAACUUGAUGGAAGAAAAGGACCUGCAUUCUACCUCUUUUAGAUAAUUAAUCAUUAUGAGAUGAUGAUAAUCGGUUCCCAUGCUAUUUUGAAAAUUGUCCUCAGCCACA